GUGACGGAGACCAAGUAGAUUCGAACGUGGAGCUUCCUCUGCCUCCAAGUGUAGAGCGAGUUGCUGCAUUGCUGCUUCGCUGAGAGGAGAAGAUUGCUUGAAGUGGACGAGCAUCACGUCUCCCUGGGCUAAUGGCCUCGGAGGAAGGAGAUGCCAAUACCUUAAAACGCCGUGUAGUGGAACUACUGCUUCAGAACCCCCAAGGCAUUCGGUUUGAGGAUUUCUCUGGGGCCUUCCAUCAGUUGCAUGGCUACCACCCCCGUAUCGCUCUUCAUGGAUAUAAUACACUAAAAAAGUUAGCGGCCGAUAUGGAGAAUGCGGUGCUUGUGCAAAGGAAUUCACAUCAACAAGUUAUGAAGAUUGCAAAAGGCUUCCGUCUUGAACGUUGGUUGAAAGGAGAAAAAGAGAAAGAAUUGCAAACGUCGAAAGGAGAAGUGGAGAACCUGAAGAGCGGUGAAGACCAAGUUCGAGACGAAAGAAUUCUUACAGACGUCUUGGAUUGGCUCAUCAGCAUCCUAAUGGAGUAUAAAUCAGGACUGAGAAUGAGCUACAUUGAGAAAUUCAUGCUAUCCAAGCAUGACGUGAACAUGGAAAAGUUCAGCAUUGCCCGAGGCUACAGGAACAUCGUGGAAUUCUUGGAACAUGAACUGCCAGAUCUAAUAAUCAGAUAUCAAGAGAAAAGCUGUGAAUAUGUUGUACAGAUUCCUGAAGGUUUCUUUGUCUCAGAUCUGUCUCUGGACUCGGAUUUUUCUACAGGGAGCUUAGAAUCCUCAACCGAGAAUCUAACAAGAACAAACUCUGCUAGCUCUUUGUAUUCCACCUGGAAAAGUGAUCCAAACCAUGUGAAAGAACCUACAAAACAUCUCCUAGAUUUUCUGGCUGCUUCAAAGCUAAUUCAGGGUGUGCUCAAACAGUUCCCUUGUGGUAUCAAAGUAACUAAGCUAAAAAGUAUCCUCAAAAAGAGAUGCAAGUUUGACUUCGCGACAUUUCGCACACAGCAAGGAUACCCAGAUGUGUUGUCCUGCCUGAAGGAUAUCCCUGAGCUGCUCCUCCUGAACACAAACAAGCUUCGGAAUUGUGUCGUCCGCCUUCAGCCACGUCCCUUUGGCUCAGAUCUGUCUCUGGACUCUGAUUUCUCUGGAUGCAGUUCUCAGUCUGAACCCCAUGGUCAAACAACAACACAUCCUGUCCGGUCUCUGGAAGGUACCUCCAGCUUUACUCCUCUUGAUACUAGUUUCUCUGUUGGCCACAUAAAUGCUCAGCCUGAGAAACCGACAGCAACAAAAUCAGCUGUCUCUUUGCCUUCUACCAGUGUGAGUGUGCCAAAUCAUGUGAAAGAACCUACAAACCAGGCCCUAGCAUUACCAGAAGUUUUGGCAUUAGUCAAUAACAUCCUCACCAUGUACGUGUCCGGUCUGAGAAUUCACAAACUUCAAGAAAUCCUGAUGACCACAAACAGCUUUGACCUUGAGAAAUUCAGCAUUAGCCAAGGCUACAAAGACUCACUGGAAUUUUUGCAGCGCCAAAUGAAUCAUGUAUCCUACUUUAAACGAAAGGAAAGACGCAACUGUGUUAUUAAACUUGGUAAAAAGACAAUAAAGGCAAAAAAGAAGCAGUCUCAAACACAUCCUCAAAAUGGAACAGCCGAAAAGAGUAAGUUGUCUGUCAGAAAUGUCUGCUACAGUAGAAUUUGUUCUGUCGUGGUUUUUGUAUGCCUUCCAGCGUUGGUGGAAUUUCCAUCUAAGGCUCAGGACACCAGUCUGUUCGAUCAACCAAAUGUUGAUCCCAGCUAA